AUGUUGUAUAUAAAUAAGUCAUAAAAAUAACAAAAAUGUCAUGCAUUAUGUAAAAAACAGUUAAUUCCUUUUCUAUCUUUUUGCUUCUGACUACAGCGAUGCUGCCUGAUUCAACUUCAGCUUUCCUUCUCCUAAGCGUCCUCCUUGUUCACUCCUCUGUUCUGUCAUGUCGGCUCGGGACCCAAACAGAGUGUGAUGCUGCUCCUUUUUUACCAGGUCACAACCUGGUGGGGGAAGGUUUUGAUAUAGUCACACUAGAGAGGAAAGGAGCUCACGUGAUUAAUGUGAAGACUUACCUGACCGCUAGAAACACCUGUUUUCUCUGCUCCAACCCUCUUCAAAACGAUGUCUACCAAAAACUUCCAUCUUCUGUUGUGGACUUCCAUGCCGUCACUCAAUGCAAUCCUGAAAUCCACAGCAGUUUUCACACCUCUGCUAGCUCUCUGGUUGAGGCUUACACAUCCCUAGACGACAAUGAUUGGAUGGUUGGCUUGGAUGUUGAAAAGAUUUUGUUUGACAAGUUAGAUGUGGGAGGAACCGGCACCAAAGCCUACAAGUUUGUUUCACAAAGGAGCAAAGAGGAUCGCUACACUUUCAGCAUACACAGUGUCACCUGCAAACGUUAUGGAUUUAUAUUAUCAACCAAACCUCCCUUAAGCUUAGAGUUCGAAAAGCAGUUAGACGUCCUGCCAACUCACUACAACUCCUCCACUAAGAACGAGUAUAGAAAGCUGAUAAACGUCUAUGGCACACACUACUUCAGAAUGGUUAAUCUUGGAGGGCGACUGAGACGAGUGACAUCUUCACGAAGCUGCUUGUCCUCCAUGAAUGGGUUAACUCCAAGUGAGAUCCAUAACUGUUUAUCUAUGGGUGUUGCUGUUGGCUUGGGGAAGAUGAAACUCUCUAGUAUCCAGAAGUCUUGCAUUCGUGUCCUACUAAACAAGGACUCUGCCACUGGCUACAGCUCUGGUCUCCACCAACACUUCACAGAGGUGUCAGGAGGAAAUGGUUGGUUGGGGGAGUUUUCAAUUUCCCAAAAUGAUUCCAUGGGCUACAUGAACUGGCUAAAGAGCCUGAAAGAACAUCCAGAUGUUGUUUCGUUCACCCUUCGGCCUCUCUAUCAGCUGAUACGAAGCAAGUAUCAAAAGGAAGGGAUGAAAACUGCUAUUGAACAGUAUUUGCAGGAAAAUGCUGUGAAGAAAUCACCCGAAGAACCACACUGUAAAGCCAACACUCCUAACUGCUGCCCUCAGCACACCUCAAGGGGAACUCUAUCAGUGACCAUUGUUCGAGGCUGGGAUCUAUACGGAGAUGUUAUUGGACAAACUGAUGGCUAUGCCAAGAUGUUCUAUGGUUCCAUACAACGCAGGACCAAAAUGAUCGAAUCCAAUAAUCCGAAGUGGAACGCUGAGUUUAAUUUGGGCAAGGUUGACACAAGCCUGGUUCUGACGAUCGAGGUUUGGGAUGAAGACUGGAAAUCUGAAGACCUUCUCGUACACUGUGAGAAGUACCUGAGCCCUGGCACGCACACUUUCACGUGCAAAGGAAAAUUUGGAAACGUUGAGGCUAAAUACACUCUGACCUGUGAACCGUAUCUGACUGGAGAAAAGUGCAGUCGUUAUAAACCAUUUCCUUAGU